GAUCAUUACCACCCACGUAAACAUGGCUGCAAGCAGAGGUACAAGCUCAAGAGGAGCAGGAGGAACUAGUGGAGGAAAAAAGAAGAGAGCCUGGAAAACUGCAGAACAAGAAGAUGCAAAAAUUCCUCAUUUAGUAUUAGGAGAUAUCACUGAAAUAGACGGAUCAGUCAAAGAAGGAGGAGGGCAGAUACUUCGUAUAUCAAUUGCUCUCAGCUGCUUAUUAAGAAAGAACGUCCACAUUUCAAAUAUACGUGCUGGACGGAGCACGCCUGGUCUCCGCCCUCAGCAUCUUACAGGAUUACAGUUGGUUGCAAGGAUAUGUAAUGGGAGACUGGUAGGGGGUUCCCCAGGUAGUACAGAGGUGUAUUUCUAUCCUGAAGCUGUUCAAGGUGGAAGACAUGUAGCUGAUGUGAAAACAGCCGGGAGUAUUUGCCUGUUGCUUCAGAUUGCUUUGCCGUGCUUGUUGUUUGCUAAGGAGAGAUCAGAGCUCUUGCUAAGAGGCGGUACUGACGUUGAUAUGGCCCCACCCAUUAAUUACACUCUAAAGGUAUUCAAACCACUCGCCGAAGCUAUGGGAGUUCAUUUUGAGUGCACCAUCAACCAGAGAGGGUUCUUUCCAAAGGGUCGUGGUGAGGUUUUGAUAACAUUGGACCCAGUUCAUCACCUGAAACCAAUCACAUUGUUAGACAGAGGAGACAUUAAUGGGAUUACAAUAGAAGCAUUCACUGCUGGACUGGUUCAUCGUAAAGUGUCUCAUGAAAUGAUUGCAGCUGCCAAGUUUAUUUUAGAAAAGAAUAUCUCACUAGCUACCCUUCCCUCUGGAAUUAAGACAGACCCAAAACACCUAACAGAGCAAGAAGCAUUUGGUAAUGGUUCGGGCAUCAUCUCGGUGGUCACUACAACCAGUGGCUGUGUAUUUGGAUCUGCUUACAAUGGAAGCAAGACUGAGUCGGCUGAUAGGUGUGGUCAGAGAGUAGGGGAGGAGCUAGUGAAGGUUUUAUCAGGAGAGGCUUGUGUGGACGAUUAUAUGCAAGAUCAAUUAAUUAUCUUGAUGGCAUUAGCUAAAGGUUGUUCAAGAAUUAAGACAGGCCCUCUCACUUUGCACACAGAGACAGCAAUACACAUAGUGGAGACACUGACUGAUGUAAGGUUUCACGUGUUAAGAAAUGAUGGUAGUCCUGAUACUUGUCUCAUUGAAUGUGAUGGAUUGGGUCUUGAGUCUUAAGUACUGUGAGAGGUGUACUAAUAUAAUAAUUGUGUUUUUAUGUACUCUAUAUAAUAAUAUUGUAAUUGUGAUUAAUAUUCUUAUUUCAAUAAUUUCAUACACUA